AGUACCAGGAUGGUACGAUUAUAAAGUAUCUAAAGCGAAUAAAUUUAAUGAAGAAACCGAAUUCUUAGGGAUAAAAAUGAAGAGCCUAUGAAUCAUGCUGUAAUUAUUAUUAAAACUCUCCUUAGUAAUUUUAAAAAUGUAUAUGAAAUAUUCAAAUAUUAAGUUUCUAAUUAGAGCUUGAGAAAUAUUUUAUGAUUCUGCAAGAUUAUGAGGAUCAUCAAAAUUUUUACGGAGAUCGUUCCAAUGAUCUGGUAAAUGUAAAUAAGCUUUUUCACUAGUAGAAAAUGUUCUAGCAUUUUUCAGAGGAUGAGAUUGUGAACAAAACUUCGAAUAUAGAACAAGUUCAUUUUCGAAUUUCAAAAUCCAUGAGAAUUAUAAAUGAUGCUGCAUUUAAAAAUAUUAAGAAAGUUAGAACUAUUUUUGAUCAUCCGAUUCGUUUGGGUUGUUGCUGAAACACAGACAGCAGAUAUUCUGCAAACAGCCGUUCCAAAACUGAACAUCAGUGAACCAUACAUUGACAUGAAAGUCAAUUCAGUUUUGUAUUUGCAAUGUACGGGCAAAUAUCCCCUAUUCUGGACAUAUGUAGAUCCUAUGACGGAAGAUGAUGAUAAAGACUUAAGCCACCUAUCAACAGGUAACACAACAGCUGAUGGUUAUGCAAGUACAAUUCGUCUAGAUUUUAAAUCCGCUUAUCAGACAGGAAGAUAUGUCUGUUAUCAUGGAAAUCACAACACGUCGUUGUACAUAUUUGUUGAUGACGGAAAACAUCUUUUGUUGCCAAUCGAAAUCAAUGCCAUCAUAUUUCACGAAGGCCGAUCCGAUGUAAUACGAUGUCUCCCAACAAUUUCCAAAGCUGAAAUUAGUUUGUGGAAGCUUAAACAGCCUGACAAGGAAAUGGUUCCUUUGAGUAACACACUUGAGUAUGAUCCAACUGUAGGAUUUAAAGUAAAAUAUCCUACGGAUUAUUUUCAACGAAGUUUCAGUUGCGUGGCCCAGUAUGAGAACAGAACAGACAGUAUAUGGCUGGAUAUUGAAACACUAGCUGCUACUCAACAAAUACCUGAAAUUUAUAUUGAUGCUCAAGGUACGGAAUAUGUUUUAUUGGACACCGAUUUCAGUAUGAUCUGCAUUAUCAAGGUUGAAAUUUCAACAAUGAUUGGUGAGCCACGCUGGGCUUAUCCUGUAUCAGAUAUUUACAGCGCGACGAUGCCUGGAUACAUCAUCGCCAACCAGAUGUCUUAUCGCUCAUCACGUGACAUUGGUCACACCCCCUGCAUCUUUGCAUCUGCUAUCCUGUCUCCACGAGAACUACAUUCGGCAUUUCCUUACCUGCAGCGCUCCUAGAAGCACCAAAGUUCGAUAGCCGGAACACAACCUGCGAUUUCGCAGGUUAAUCGCGGCAAAUAAAGCAGUUGGAGUUUGUUUGUUUGUUGGAGUUUUUCUCAUAAAGCCUAAAAAUUCAGAGCCUUGUGACUUCUCCUGAGUACUAUGCAUAACAUUUUCAUGUGAUUUCAGAUUUUUCAAAGCAUUAUUGAGAUUACAUAACUUAAUACUCGUAUUUUCAGUAGCCUUUGAGGGCUCGUUUUGUGCAGCAGAAGCCGAAUUUUGGGUAUUCGAAUUGAGAUUUUCAUUAAACAUACGCGCCUGAUUUUUUGCCAUAUUUGCAAAUGAAAUGCCCUUUUUUUGACUGUGCUGUCCCCCCCCCCUUUUUUUUUUUUUUUUUUUUUUUUGAGAAUUAUGUCUAGUCCUAGGGAAUUUCUCACAUCCACGGUAUGAGGCCACGUGACUUUUUUAUACAGUUCGCACACUUUGGCUCUUCCAUCCUUCCUUUGGUAAGACUGACUGAUAUUUUAAACCUGCUACCUUGCGGCAAAAGCAAGGAUUAUUAGAACCUUUCAAACUUUUAUGUAACCACCAUACCGUACUCGUACUCUAAGGAAAAAUUUGCCGACCUCACCAGCAAAUACCUUUAUUAAACAAAACAUUUUUACAAAACAGAAUAAAUUACAUCAAUUACAAUUUCUCUUUUUAUAUACAAAUAAUACAAAGAAAUAAUUCAUACAUAACAAUUCAUCUUGAAUUUACUUAAAUUAAUAUUUAUAAAAUAAACAUAAAAUAAUUUACAAUAGAUUAUUUGUACACAUAUUAUUUCUUCUAUUAUAACAAUAAUAAAUAAGUUACAGUGACUGCUCAAAUAUAACAUUUUCAAACUCAGUAAUAAUUUUCAUAAUUUCUAUUAUUCCUUUUUUAAAUAUUUCAAUUUGAAAUAUUUUUACAAUAUCUUUUUCUCUAUUCAAACAUGGUAAGAAUUUUAACCACUUAUUUUUCAACAGGUCACAUAAAAUUACAUGCUAAACAUCAGCUUCUUGUUCGCCACAUAGACACUUCAAAUAUUUAAUAUUAAAUCUACUAUAAUACAAUGGUACAUGUGUAUGAUUUGUUAAAAAUUGGGCCAAAAAACCCAUUACCAAUACACCUCUUUUUAUUAACUUUUUUAAAGAAUCUAUAGGUAUACCUUCCUUUUGAAUCUUUAUCCCAGAAUUCCUUUGGUAAGCCAAUCCAUUGUUUUAUGAUCAAGUGAGCAUUUUAUGCAGCGUGGAGCAAAGAGAUAAUUUUCCGAAGAAUGGUGCCACUUUUGGCAAUUAUAGUACUGUGGCAUCUGGUUCUCGGAUACGUAUUUUUCAACUGUGACAACAAAGAGUAGUAGAUUUGAAACAUGAAAUAUUUCUUCGGCUAUGCCAUUCUUGAUAACCUGGACUAAGAAGAGCGGUGGUUUGGUGGUGGACUAAGAAGAGCGGUGGUUUGGUGGUGGACUAAGAAGAGCUGUGGGUGCUUUGGUUCGUCGUCUUGUGAGCUGAGUGUCUUUGCUUAUUCGAAAUCCUUUGGCAGUUUUGCUGUUGAACUGAAUUUUAUGGUUUAAGCUCGAAGAACUUGGUAUUUAAUAAAUAAAGGUAAGGCAUAAAAUGUUUAAAAAACGCUCCUUUGGACGUAAUUUAAAAUCUGAAACAUUUUAGAUUUUUUUGUUUAUUUUUGUUUAUUUUUUACUAAAUGCAUUCGGCAUAGUUAAUGAAAAGUAAAUUUCUACUACCAGAAUAUUUCAAUCUGGUUUUUCCUCAAAAACAGAAUUAUUCGUAUAUUCAAUAGUUGUUAGCAUUAACCUAAUUAUCGAUUGCAUUUGGCCUCACGUAGCAUCAUUACGCUGUCAAUGGUUAUUUCGAUAAAAUUAAUCAAAUGACAUUGCUAAACAACGAGAAAUAUAUUGUCAAAAGUAGCAGCACACUACAAUUCACUUAACGUAAAAAUAGCGAGAAACAUGUAGUUAAGUACACUUUGUACACGCCCCACCAGCGGCCGAGCGGUAAAAGUCGCUGAACACUGGUAGUUCGGUCCGAGGUUCGAAUCCCGCGAACGGGCUGGCUGCAUG